UCAAGAUGAUCCCGAUAAUCCAAUAGGUGUUCAAAAUAUUGAGGCUGGUGAAGCGAUGCAAGAUUUUAAGGAUCUUGGUGACAAAUUAAAUCAGGAAAUCGAUGUAUCUGAAAUGAUUUCAAAUCUGAACGCAGAUCAAAGAAGAAUAUUUGACAGAGUCAUCAACGCCGUAAAGAUAUCGCCGGAUAACGAACAAUUUAAACAAUUACUAUUAUACGUUAGCGGAGAAGGAGGUACUGGUAAAAGUUUUUUAAUUAAAACAAUUAAAUGCUGGAUAAAACAAAAUCUCCACAAGGAUACUGCUGUAACAGCACCUACCGGUAUAGCGGCGUUUAAUAUCGAUGGUUUAACAAAUCACAGGCAAUGGCAGUUAUCUGUUGAACAUGGUGAUCAGUCUCCUAAGUAUACACUAUUAUCUGAUUACGUUUUGAAAGUUUUACGGGCAGAUCUUAAAGAUGUUAGUCUUAUUAUAAUUGAUGAAGUGUCAAUGAUAUCUAAUUUAACUUUCAUGUAUAUACAUUUACGACUAUGUCAAAUAUUUGAUACCAUGGAUGACGAUUUCUUUGGUGGAAAGCAUGUUUUUUUAUUUGGAGAUCUGCUUCAAUUACCUCCUGUACGUGAAAAUUUUAUCUUUGUUCCACUAUCAAAAGCAGAAUUUAAUAAAUAUAUUGGCAGUGUGGGGACUACUUCUGAGGAAUGGUUGUGGCAAAAAUUUCAAUAUGAUGAAUUGACGAUCAAUAUGCGUCAGCAAAGAGAUACAGCUUAUCGUGAAUUACUCUCGAGAGUUCGUGUUGGUUUAUUGACAACUUCUGAUUCUGAGAUUCUCGAGAAAAGAAGAAUAUCAUUGAAAGGUCAGUCUUUCGAUGAAAGAUUAUACGAAUUGUGUAAUUAUCUUGAUAAUUUGCCGCCUAACAUUGUUUGUUUACUGCCUACUCGUUAUUUGUGCGAUGUUCUUAAC